AUGGAAGAAACAAGGAAGCUUUCCCCAAAGCUGAGUAAAAGCAAAGAGCCUGUGAAAACAGAAUGGGGAUCUCAGAGCGUGGUGUUCACCUAUUUCCAAGGGGACAUUAACAGCAUGGUAGAUGAACAUUUUUCUAGAGCUCUCAGCAAUGCCAAGAACCCCCAAGACCUGAGCACAAAGCACAAGGUAGACAGCAUGUCUCCCCAUCAGUGGAAUUUCUCUUCGCAUUGCUACAAACCGUAUCCAUCAUCUUCUUCAACAAGCAUGGCAAAUUCUGCUCUGAAUUUUUCUGCUGCUGGUGUGGUAGGCCAGUGCCAGCCAUCAUCUCUGCGGAGUCGUCCAGCUCAACCUGCAGAUUUAUGGCCCUUCCCUCCAACUGGGACUCCCAGUGUCACCGGUCCGGUGUAUCCUCACACCCUCCCUGACCUGCAUGCAGCCGAUGAGCUGGUCUCUGACAGGAAAUACAGUUCUCUUCUUGGCCUUCUGCAACAGGAAAGAUGCUUAACAUCUAUGCAAGAAUGUACCAUGAAGCAACACUCAAGUUCUGCUUGUAUGACUGGACCUGCGAGGUUACAAAAUAUGAGUCAAAGUUCAGCUCCUGGGGGAGAGAGGAAAGCAAGCUCUUACCAAGGCUCAGAAAAUCCCAGUGUAAGCCAUGCCACUGCAGGUAUUCAGAUUCAGGACAGAAGACGAGAUGUGUACUUCUAG